AUGCUACCACAUUCAUCAUCACUAAAUAAUACAAAAUCACAAACUCCUAUAGCAACAAUUGAUUUGGAAGAUGAAGAAGAUGAGUUAGAUAUUAAUUUGGACGAUUAUGAUGUCGAUGAGAUUUGUUCAUCCUCGCAGGGUGUUGAAAUUAUUGGUGUUAUUGAUCAUCAAAAGGAAAAGAAGAAGAAGGCUUCAUCAUCAGCCUCUUCUAUUCUUCCGUCUACUUCUGCUGUAGUUAAUAACACUCCCCCUGUUGUUAUUCCUUCUUUUAAUAAUCAUGAGAAUACAAGAAAGAGAUCCUUGCCUUCAUCAUCAUCCGAUAAUAAUAGUAAUAAUCAUCAAGAACGAUUGGAGAGCAGCACACCAUCAAAGAAGAUGAAGGAAACAUCAGCAGCAACAACUACAGUGAGCAGUCCUGUACUGAUGAAUGGUUCUCCUUCGCUAGGGAGUUCUUCGAGGAGAGGUGUGGAAGCAAAUUCGAGUCCAAUCUUGUCCAGUUCUUCCCAAAUGAAAUCAGAAAAUUCACAAGGAAGACAGAAUGUUGUUAUUCCGUCCUUCUCUACAGCUGAUGAUUCGGAUCCGAAUGGUGUAAAUACAAAUAGUAAUCAAUUGGUAGUUGAUGAUUUGGAACGUCCUUUCACAAUCAUGUGUUGUUCCAAACAAACACUGAAAGGGCUAAGUAGACCAACCAUUAAUAGAAGUGUCAACCUGAAACAAAUCUUAAAAGGAGAGGAAAUUAAGGAAAUUUACAGUUCUUCCUAUAUAUUUCUUCAAACAAUUAAGAAUGAGCUCUUUGAGUGCACUCCAAUUUCAUCGGAAGAAUUGAACAAUGAUUUGAAAAACUUGAAAAAGAUUACUCUUCCAUUUACUCCGAAAAUUAUUGCAGAGGGAAGAGGUGUUACUAGGUACUACCUGUCGACAGAGGAUGAAAUUUGGGCUUCUUUCAGUGUUGGAAAAUUUACCAAAGUGCCCAAGAAAGACCUACCAACUCCAAACAUUAUUCCAAAGAGAAUAUUUGUUGGAUACGGCCAUGUUGCCUUUCUAACUGAAAAUAAUCAUAUUUAUUUGAAAACUAGUGUAACUAAUGAAUUUAUGGUCUUGGAAAAUAUAGCCAAGAAUGAUCGAGUGGAAAACUUUCAUCUAGGAUUGGAACAUUAUGUAGUUCAUAUUACAACAGCAGAAGGAGCUACAAAAUUGGUCUUGGGAGGUAAUAACAAUUUGGGACAGCUUGCAUGUAAACAAACAAUGACAACAGGGGCCAAUGUUAUUAACUGGACGUAUGGCACGAUUCAAAAAAUCGACUGCACGACAAAUACAUGCAUUCUCAAUAGUAUGGGAGAAUUGUGGGUAUGUGGCGAUAAUUCGUGUGGACAGCUAGGUUUGGGAGAUUUUAACAAUAGAGAAGCUUUUGAAAAGGUUCCUUCGAGAAUUCCUUUUAUUGAUUUUUCGAGUGGUAAAAAUUGUACAUUUGCUAUAACAUGUCUUCAUGAAGUUGUUUGUUGUGGAGAAAAGAAGAGAUCAGUGUUUGAGGUUGUGGACACUAGUGGUAAUUUUUAUGUUAAUCGUGUAGUAUGCAAAGAUAAUAAUCCAAUGGUAUACUACUCUCCUUCUAGUAGAUAUUCAUCGAUACCUCUGCACAAAUACAGUCAGGACUUUAACGAUAGAUUGCAGUGUAUAGCAUUUGGCCCAAUUCUUCCCUUUAUUGCACCAGAUUUUGUAUCAAUUCUAGAAAAAUUAGUCAAAGAUGAUAAGGAAUCCAAUUUAAAACAUGUGCAGAAUUUGAUAGAUAUUCUACUCUAUUCCAAACCAAUAAUGACUCUGGAUACUGUGGAGAUUGUGGAAAUCAUCUAUGUAUUAUCCUUUUUCAGAGAUACAUUUAUUCAGCUCAAGAGUUGUCUUGUAAAUAUUCUAAUUGACAAGCUUUCACCACUUAACAUUAGUACAACUAUAGAAUGCCUGUACGAGAAAGUCCAAAUAGCUGACGACGCAUUGCUUCACUAUGCUCUAAAGUAUUGUUUUGAUAUUGUUAGAUGCUAUGGUGAAAAUCAUAUUUGCUUUGCUGGAAGGCUGAACAAGUUCAAAUUCUUCCUCUCUGCCGAUCAAUUAUCAAAAUUCAAGCUCAACAUUCCAAUAUUGAAUCCUGUGAGUGAGCCAAACGUUCGUAUUGCUCUUCAAAAAUUGCACUACAAUGCUGUAAAUACUGACAUUAAUAUAUUCUUAACCGAGGAAAAACAUAUGAGACUACACAAGACAGUUAUUUGUUCACGUUGUUCAUUACUUUCUGAAUUGAAAGCCAUGAUACACGCUACAAAUUUCAAUUUGAUCCACUGCAUACAGCCAGAAAUUGCAAAACUUAAUGAUUUGCACAAUUUUACUCAAAUUUUGUUAUGGGUUGUGGGAAGAUCCUCCAGUUCAUCUUUUACUUCCCUUGCUGAACUUGUCGCGGAUAUUUGGAUUUCCAGAAUUAUCAAAUCAUAUUAUUAA